AUGUCCGACUCGAUCAGUAUCACCAUAAAGUCGUCUGGAGACACGAAGUACGAAGUCUCCAUUUUGCCUUCCAACACUGUGUUGGAGUUGAAGAAGGAAAUUGAAACCAAAUCCGAGAUCCCUGCUGAACGCCAGAGAUUAAUCUACUCUGGAAAAGUUUUGAAGGAUGGUGAAACUGUCGCGAGUUACAAGGUGCAGAGCGGUCACACAAUUCAUUUGGUCAAGAGUGCAGGAGUGCCCAACGCUACCUCUGGUGCGACUAGCUCCCCAUCUACUGAAGUUGCCCUGAACUCUUCCACCACCAGCCCAGCGACCAAUGCUAGUAGAACUGGUGCCGGAAUUCCAUCCAACAUUGCCUCUGGCCAAGGUAGUUUCAACCCAUUGGCAGAUUUAACAGGCGCAAGGUAUGCUGGAUACACCCAGUUGCCAUCUUCCUCCAUGUUUGGCCCAGACGGAGGUAUGAACCAAAACAUGCCAGAUCCAGACCAGAUGGCGGAAAUGAUGUCAAACCCAAUGGUACAAGAGCAAAUGAACCAGAUGUUUUCCAAUCCGCAGAUGCUUGACUUUAUGAUCAACCAGUCACCUGAAUUGAGAGCUAUGGGUCCUCAAGCCAGAGAAAUGUUGCAAAGUCCAUUCUUUAGACAAAUGAUGAGCAACCCGGAAAUGAUGAGAAGUAUGAUGCAAAUGGGUAGAGGAGGUUUCGGUGGAGCUGGUGCUGGAGGUGCAGCCUCUGCAUUCCCAGCUCCAGGGUCAGCAACUGGAGACUCAGACGCUGAUUCUACUAGCAACGCCAGCAGCAACACCAACAGCAACACCAACACUAAUGCUGCUGCUGCUGCUGCCAAUCCAUUUGCAUCCAUGUUCCCAGGUGGAAUGCCCCCAAUAGAUCCAUUUGCCAUGUUUGGUGGCGGUGCAGGUGCAAACCAAAACGCCGCUGCUCCAGCCGACAAUAGACCACCAGAAGAACGUUACGAAAACCAACUUAGGCAACUUAACGAUAUGGGAUUUUUUGACUUUGAUAGAAACGUAGAAGCUUUAAGAAGAACUGGUGGUAGCGUUCAAGGUGCUAUUGAAUACCUUUUAUCCAACUAA